CAAAGCAAUACAUUGAGAAACAUUACAGAGAGCAGAUGAAAAAUUUGCAGGAGAGAAAGGAGCGGCGAAUUUUACUAGAAAAGAAGUUGGCAGAUGCCGAUGUCUCUGAGGAAGAUCAAAAUAACCUACUGAAAUUUUUAGAAAAGAAGGAAACUGAAUACAUGCGACUCCAAAGGCAUAAAAUGGGAGCUGAUGAUUUUGAGUUAUUAACGAUGAUUGGAAAGGGUGCUUUUGGAGAGGUCAGAAUUUGUAAGGAGAAAACAACUGGUCAGGUAUAUGCAAUGAAGAAGCUUAAGAAAUCAGAAAUGCUUCGUAGAGGACAGGUCGAGCAUGUGAAAGCUGAAAGAAAUCUUCUUGCGGAGGUUGACAGUGAUUGCAUCGUCAAACUGUAUUAUUCUUUCCAAGAUGACGACUAUCUGUAUCUUGUUAUGGAAUAUCUACCUGGUGGAGAUAUGAUGACACUGCUCAUGAGGAAGGAUAUAUUAACCGAAGACGAAGCUAGAUUUUACGUUGCCGAGACUGUUUUGGCAAUUGAAUCUAUCCAUAAACAUAACUACAUACAUAG